UUCCCCCUCCUGCUGCUAUAAAUCGGCCCCUGAGUUGAAGCGAUAAACACAAAAGUGAUGGAACCUCUUACUAUUUUCGCCCUCAUCGCAUGUUCACUAGUUUUCUUAUUCAAGGCCUAUUGGUCACUCUUAAAUUCCAAGAUAACAAAAAACUUGCCACCAGGACCACCAAAACUUCCCAUAAUUGGAAACAUACACCAACUCAAAGGUGGAGUACCACAUCGAGUGCUUAUAAGCUUGGCCAGAAAAUAUGGCCCGAUCAUGUAUCUACAGCUCGGACAAGUGCCAACAGUUGUUAUCUCCACACCUAGACUAGCUCAAGAGAUUUUGAAGACGAACUUUGUCGUCUUUGCUGACAGACCCACUACCAUAGCAUCCCAAAUAUUGUUUUAUAAAGGUCAAGACAUUGCAUGGGCUCCUUACGGGAGUUACUGGAGACAGAUGAGAAAGAUUUGUACGUUGGAGCUUCUUAGCGCCAAGAGAGUCCGAUCGUAUAGCUUUAUCCGGGACGAAGAAAUCAUGCAUAUGCGUAAAUCUCUCAAAUCAUCAGCAGGAAGACCUUUGGUAUUAAGGGAUGUUCUGGUACAGAUGGUGAAUGAUGUGAUUUGCAGGGCUACGGUUGGAGAUAUCUGCAAAGACCGAUCCACACUUUUAAAGGUACUAUUUGAUAUUAUGAGAGCUGUGAUUGCGUUCAAUAUGGCUUCAUAUUACCCUAGACUGCAAUUCCUUAAUGUUAUUUCGGGGAAGCAAGCUAAGUGGUUGAAGAGGCAGAAACAACUUGAUACUAUCUUGGAAGAUAUCUUGGAGGAGCACAAAAAUAAUAGACGAAGUGGUGACAGUGACCAAGAAGAUCUAGUUGAUGUUCUACUAAGGAUUAAAGAGAACGGUGAUCUCGAUCAGCCCAUCACAAACGAUAACAUCAAAGGCAUCAUUCUGGACAUGAUAUUAGGUGGAACCGGUACCUCUUCAAUGGUACUUGAAUGGGCGAUGGUCGAACUAAUGAGGAAUCCGGAGAUCCUGAGGAAAGCGCAAGCGGAAGUAAGAGCAACAGCGAAGGGAAAUACUAUUGCAGACACUGACAUUCAAAAUAUGCAUUACUUGAAGAUGAUCAUAAAGGAAACACUUAGGCUACAUGGUUCUCCAAUUUUGCUUCCUAGAGUAAGCAGGAAGGAUUGUAUGGUUGACAGAUAUAACAUUCCAGCGAACACCAGGAUACUUAUAAAUGCACGGGCAUGCGGAACCGAUCCCGACAGUUGGGAGAAUCCUGAUAGCUUCGUGCCGGAGAGAUUUGAAAACAGUUCGAUCAGUUACAUGGGUUCCGACUUUGAGUUCCUUCCAUUUGGAGGUGGCCGGAGAAUAUGCCCUGGUAUUUCUUUCGGGGUUGAUAUACUUGAAAAUGCACUUGCUAGUUUGUUGUUUCAUUUCGACUGGGAGCUUCCAAAUGGAUUGAAACCCCAUGAGAUUGAUAUGACAGAAGCUGCUGUGCUUUCGAUUUUACCUAAAAAUCCCUUGCAGGUUGUCCCUAUCCCUUUCUCGCAAGAAAAAAUAAAAUAGGAAGACAUAUAUACGUGUACGAGGAGUGGCCUACAGUUUGGCAUCCUACUGCAAUAUCUAUCUGUGUCUGUAUUAAAAUAAAACAUGUAACGCCUCGCUUUUGUAAUCUGGUGUUAUCAUAUUUCGUUUCAAAUCGUUGUAAACCCAAGACCUUGAUCGUGAUGAAAUUGGUCAUUUUAUGUGAAAUAUACAUCGUUUAUUCGUAUA